CCGCUUUCAGUACGCAAGGUCGGAAAACGACACCGGCCUUUUGCUAUAUAUACUUUCGUCCGCCCCUCUCAAGCUGAAAGAGAAAGGGGUCGAACUGCUCAAUCCCCAUGCUACCUCAAUCACAUAAAAUAUGUCAAAGUUGGACCGGCACACCCUCUUGAUAGAUGAUGAAGUGGCGGCAUUUUUGAAGUCUGUUAAGACUCGUCAGACUGUCGACAUAGAAGCGGCGGGUACUCUUCCGCGGAAGUGUGAUGAGAAGAAUCCUCUCCAGAACAAUUCUUCUGAUGCUGUUCGUAGGAAGAUUCCAGUCAAGAAAACCGACAGCAGCAGUCCCAAACCGGGGCUAGUCCCAGUCUUGGCUGGCUCCCCAUGGAAACAUUACACACAAGAAUAUUUCAUUGAGUACUGGUGCUUGUUUGCAAUAGCAACUAGCAAGACGAGCCGUGAGAAUCUUCACAUGAUUCGUUCUGCGCCGGCCCUGAACGACGAAAAGCUCCAGAUCAUCCGCCAGAUAUGCCACCCAAACGUGGUUGAGACCAUGGAGGUCUACUCGCACGACGAUGGGAACCAUUAUAUCGUGUCUCGUAUGAUGGAAUCGUCUUUGAUGCACGUUUGUCGAGCUCCGGAAUACCCAUCGGAGUCACAGCUUAGUUCAAUAUUAUUCCAGGUGCUCUCUGGGUCGGAAUACCUUAUUAGCAAAGGGCUCGUACCCGAGUCAAUUACUUGUGCCGGGGUCCUGAUCAAUCUCGCUGGUGAGGUCAAGAUCAGCAAUAUUGAGGAAUUUCAGCCAGGAGGAAAAGGACCGGAAGCCAAGAUUGGUCUAUCGAAUUUGGAUCGCUGGUCCCCUGAAGCUGUUAACAUGCUUAGUUUGUUAGACUCAGGGCCGAGCAUGGAGGAAUUAGCCAAGCAUGGCUUCUGGAAAAAAGGAAGGAAAGAAGAUUUGAAAUCGCUUGCUUAUUUUACUCUGAUUACUGCAUAUCAUCGUAGGUCUUGAAAUGUACCGGAAAGACAGCUGAAUGUCGAGAAAGGUACUGAAACAAGUGUCGAAUCCAUGUUAUGAAAAUGAACUCCGAGGAUAAGGCUGCUGAUGACUAAUGUUGGAAGCAUGUGCCUUUCUCAGGACAGCAUGAAUUAUGAAAGCCCCAUCUGUAGGCUUGUUGUGUGAUUGAACU